AUGGGUCGUUGGGGGCUAAGAUCGGGCAUCCAGCCCCCCACUCUGGAUGGCACAUCUUUUGUGCCAACUCAGAAGAAAAUGGCUAGACAGAGUUUUUCCUUUGAAUCCCUAUCCAUAAACAUCCCUUCCUGUUUAUACCAGAAUAAAAAUUAUUAUCAUGAUGGCAGGCUUGCUGAUGAUAAAUAUAGGAGACCCUGGACAAGAGUUUCAGUUGAUUCCACCCAAGUCUUGAUGAAUUUUUCUGUGCUUGAUCAUUGGAAAAAAUGUCUCUCUGUAGAAGAUUUCUUGGAGAAGAAGCCCAUUUCAAGCACUGUCUUUCAUAUUCAUAAUAAAGAUAUUGAGGUUGUUCCGAGUUCGAAUCCUUGUUCACAGUUUGAUUCAGAAGAUGCAUACUUGCUUAUGAAAGAUGAUGACAUGGAAGAAUUUAUGCAAGAUAAUCAUUUACAAUCUGAUUAUGGCCCAGUAGCACUGAAAGGACCAGAAGACGAUUUAUAUAUCGAAGAGGAACUUGUCUUUAUUGACAAUUUGGCACAAUAUGCUAAGCGGCUUCCUAGCCUGCAUGCACUUUUGAACCGACUAAGUAUUUUCCGAGUGCAGGAUCCUCUAUUAAAUUCUAAAGGAGAAAAUAUUACAGAAGAAGACAUCUUCAGCAAGUGUUUUUCUUUUGAAAUGAAAAUGACAUCUCAAGCAAAGGGGAAAGAGCCAUAUGAAGAUAUUUGCAGAGUGGCUCUAAGUGAUGAAGAGGUUCUACUUCCUAUUGGUUUACCCCAAUCUUACAAAACAUCAGACCUCAGACUAGACGCUGAGGUUCCCACAUAUUUGGUACUGAAAUCUUUGUUAGAAGUAACUCCAGAAGUUGUAGCAGAUGAAAGUUAUAAAAUAGAUCUUAAAGUCAACGUUGCAUCUGAUAUGGAAAUUUCAAAAUAUUGCUUCACAGAAGAAGUUUGUGCCAGUCAAAACAGAAGUGUACAGGAAUGUAGCAAGCCAGUGUUGGUCUCUUUUUUCUUAGAACCUCAGAUGUUUGUACCUACAUGUCAACAUCUUCCAGCUACAGAACUGAAACAAAUGUUGUCUAUACAGGAAGACACUUCAGUGUUCAGUUCACUGGAGGAAGAUGGAUGGAUUAAUUUAAGAGCAAGUCUGGCAGUAUCAUGUGUUUUAGAAAAACUGAGUCCAGAACUAGGGAGUAAAAAAAGUUCUACUAAGGUAGAAACAUUACCCAAAAUUACUGCCUUUCAGUCAGAGGAAUGGUUUAAAAAGGAAAAGUUCAUUGCUAACCAUACAGCAGAGUCUGCUGGUGCUCCUGACUCCAGUGAAACAAAGGGUCCUUGUUGGUCUCCUGUAUAUAAUGAAAAUGUGUCUCCUGAAAAUAAUGCUGGGGAAGACAGCACACAGAGUGAAACAAACAAGUGGGUGCAUUUUGAAAACCAAAAUGAGAAAAAAAGGGGCCCAGGGCAAACAAUGAAUUGGCAAGCAGCACCUAUUGAACCAAACAGAGCAUCGGGAGACAAACAGACUGCACCAUUUGAACUGCCUAGAAAACGUGACGAUGAUUUGGACCUUCUGAACAGCUUUAUUAUGCUGAGAUCUAAACAUCUGAAACCCCAAAGUGAAGAAACUAAAAACGUGGCAGAUACUCAAGAUGAAGUUUCAGAUGCUAAGAAGGAGAGCCCUACAUCCGAAAACCAAGACAGUCAUGUUUCCCUUAACACUACAAUUUUUGAACAGGAAACAAAGGAAAAUGAAAUAAUCCAAAUUAAGCCAUCAGAAAGCCAAUUUCAGGCAUAUCGUAUCCUUGAAGCAACAGUAGCCCCCGUUUUAAAAGAACUCACAAGUCUUGGUGUGCGUAAUUGGAGGUUUACCACCCUCAGUUUUGAUGACACCAGAUUUUUCUUAAAGCAGCAAGAGAAAGUGAUCAGUGAUGCUUUUAAACAAGGUGUGAUGGGUGCAACAGAUAAGAAGGAUAUGGCCCUAUUCAAACAUGCUGCUCUUCUGCAUUUGGUGGUAACAGUUCGAGACCUCUUAUUAACAUGUAGCUUGAAUACAGCAUUAGGUUAUUUGUCCAAGGCAAAAGACAGGUAUAAGGACUUUGUAGACUCUAGCCUGGACAAUCUUUGCCGACUGUUGACUAUUGUGCAGCUGGCCUGCCAGAAGAAGCUUGAAACCAAUCCCAAGAUAACAGAGCUUCAACAUCAGAUGGUCAAGUGGAUGCAGAGUAAAACGAAUGAGCAAAAUAAGGUAGUCAUCGUGACAAGAAUGGAUUAUGGUGAUGAAACAGCUGCCCUAAUCAACGCCAUUAGUACAGUGCAAGGUCUGGAAGUAGCAUAUGUGAAUUCUCAAAAAAAAGGAGCUUUGCUAGAGAGCAAAAAUAUAAUAAGUAGAUUGGAGAGAUGUUCCUGUGUGAUUGUGUAUGAUCAGCAUAUUGGACCUGAUUUUCCUUGGAAUAAUUUUUCAUUAGUAGUGGAAUAUAACUAUUCAAAAAAUUCCUGUUGGAUUAAUCUUUGCAAAAAUCUGAACAUUUCUUAUAUAACUUUCAUAACAGCUAUCCCAGAAACAGCUGGAAUUGCUUUAGAAGACGUUUCUCCAGAUGAUUUUGGACAUAUCCUUCUUGAGGUGCAAAUUCCAUAUGUUUUCAUGACAACCGAGGGACUACUCAACACUCCAGAACUCCUUCAGUUACUGGAGUCCAAGUACAAUAUUACAUUUAUUGAGAGAAGCUGCUGUGAAGCAUUACAGUUCUUUGGGAGCACAGAAUGUUAUGUUGUGAUAACAAUAGAUGAAUGCACAGCAAUCAUUAUGCAGAACAUAGAAGAACUCAAUUAUGAAAGGUCCUCUGACAAUGUUGUAUUAAGACUGAUGCUAUUUUCACUCCAAUACUCUUGCUGCUGGAUUAUUUUGUACUCUCAAGCAAGGUUAAAUUCUGAGUAUAGCCUAGCUGGGAAGACUUUGCAUCACCUGGCCUUAAUUUAUGCGGCGCUCAUUCUAUUUUCCCAGAAGUCAGAAGACUUUGAAGUGAAGGUGGUUUUUACACCAGGAGUUGAAGAGACAGCACUCCUGAUUCGUCAGAUUGCCGACUAUGUUUUGAAGACUUCUAAAAGACAUCCUCAGGAGUGGCUGGACAAAUCCUGGCUUUCUGUCUUGCCAUCAGAGCCAGAGAAGUGCUUGCUUACGUUUCCGUGUGUGAACCCCCUCGUGGCUCAAGUCAUGUUAAAGAAGAGUUUGUCAUUGGAGUGGCUCCUGUCGGCAACUUUUGACCAGCUUCAGGAACUUCUGCCUGAAGUGCCAGAAAAAGUUUUAAAGCACUUUAGUGACAUUACAUCUUUGUACACCAUAAACCCUCCAACUGAGCCAGAACUUCAAAACAAGAUUGUGAACUGUCAAGAAAAGAUUAAUUCUGACAUUGGCACCUACUCUCCAACUCCCAAAGCUUUGUUCUCCAGUGUUCAAGGGCAUAGUCCAUUUACUGAGUAUUCGGAGUGCUUUAAUGAAUUAGGUUUAGAACUCACCCAGUUAUCACAGCUUAAAAAAAGACGUCUAACAUUUGAAAAAGAUCCCGGGAGAAGUGAUGGUCAGACACGUCUUAAGUUCUUUUAAGUUGUUGUUUCUUUUAAAGGCAAUACUCUU